GUUAAUUGAUAUUUUCUUUAAUUCAAAUUCAUCCGAAUCUCAAAACCCAUCACCACACCCUACCGACAGCCACCACCACCUCCAUCUCACAAAAAACAUUUGUCUUUUUUCUCAUUUCCCAAAUUCCCAUCAAACCCUAAUAACAAAGAUCAUGUCUUUCCAUAUCCAUACAUAUAUCUAUAUCUAUAGUUUUCCAAACUAAAAUAAAAAAUCAAGAAAUAAGAAACAUGGGGUCAGUAGAAAGAUCAUUUGAAGCAUGGGAAGAAGUCCAAAGACAUGGAUUAGAUUUAGCAGAUAGAUUAACACAAGGUUUUAAUGGUCUUUUAAUCCAAACCCAUAUAAAUCCACCAUCUUUAGACAAGAUUUUUGAUGUUAAAUUUCCAUCAACUUUUGAUGUUAAAUUUCCAUCAACUCAAAAUUUUAUAACCCCAGAUCUUGGAAGACUGAUUUUAGUCAAUAAACAUGAUCAAAGUUAUGGGCUUUUUAAUGGUGUUUCUGCAGUUUUUGAUAUGGGUCAUAAGUUGGGUCAAGCUGGGAUGGACUUUGGUGCUAAUUUAAAUGGGCUUGUUCACCAGUUUUUUCGUCGGUUUCCGUUUCGAAAUGAGGCUGAUGAUUUGAGGCUUGUGGAUAAUAAUGGUAAUAUUAGUAAUAAUGGUUUAGGGGUUAAUUUGAAGGUGAAUGUGAAUGAGGAUGUUGGUGUGUUGACUAAAAAGUUUAAAGAUUUUGGAUUUAGUGAUGAGAUUGAAAAAGUUAAAAAUGAUGAGGGUAAUGAUGAAGAGGGUGUUUCUGGAUUUAGUUUGAAACUUGCUCAGUUUUCGGGUAAAUCUCAGGGAAUGCUUAAUAUUUCAUCAACGUUUGAUAGUCGGACACGUGAUGUUGAAAGUUCGUUGGUUGCAAGGGGGGAUAUUUGGAGAGUAGAAGCUUCACGUGGUAGUUCUACAUCAAGGAUUGAAAGUCCUUCCCUUUUUCUUGUCCAGCUUGGGCCACUACUUUUUGUUCGUGAUUCUACUCUUCUUCUGCCAGUUCAUUUGUCAAAACAACAUUUGCUUUGGUAUGGUUAUGACAGAAAGAAUGGAAUGCACUCUCUUUGCCCAGCAGUGUGGUCAAAGCAUAGAAGGUGGCUGUUGAUGUCGAUGGUGUGCCUGAAUCCACUGGCUUGUUCGUUCAUGGAUUUGCAGUUCCCCAACGGCCAGCUGACAUAUGUAGCUGGUGAAGGCUUAUCAACCAGUGCUUUCUUACCCCUCUUUGGUGGUCUGCUUCAAGCUCAGGGUCAAUAUCCAGGAGAAAUGAGGUUCAGUUUUUCAUGCAAGAAUAAUUGUGGUACACGCAUCACACCAAUGGUACAAUGGCCCGAUAGAUCGUUUACCAUGAGUUUUGAACAAGCUUUAGCAUGGAAGAGAUCUGGUCUCAUGGUCAGACCAACUGUCCAGUUCUGCUUACACCCAACAUUUGGUGGGAGCGAUCCCGGACUGAAGGCAGAAGUUGUCCAUUCAGUGAAUGAGGACUUGAACCUAAUUGGUGGUUGUUCAUUAGCAUCACUUCCAUCGGCAUUUGCAUCACUAUCUCUAGGAAGAUCAAAGUGGAAUGGAAAUGUCGGAAGAUCGGGGAUAGUGUUAAAAGCUGAAACACCUCUUGGAAGUGUUGGUCAGCCAUCUUUUUCUGUUCAAUUAAAUAGCGGUAUAGAGUUUUGAAUGUUUGGUGACAAUUGUGAAUAUAUGGUCUUUGUUUUUGACAAGCACUCUUUUUUUUCAUGUAUAUAAACUCGGUUUUAAUGAAACUUGUACAUCUAUUUUGUUU